AUGGCGUAUAGGGGAGGCAAACCGAUCCAAAUUGUUGUUGCCAACGGAGGCGAUAAGGAUAAUUCAAUUGAACUUGUUGAAGGUGCUCUUUCUAAGAUCCUGACGGAACCAGCUACAAGAGAUAGGAAGGUUGUUGUUGUGUCGGUCGUGGGCACAUUUCGUAAAGGAAAGUCCUUUCUUUUGGAUUUUUUUCUGCGGUACAUGUAUUCAAAGGACAAGAGUAAUUGGUUGGGUGAUCCGCAUGAGCCAUUGACAGGGUUUCACUGGAGAGGUGGUGCUGAUCGCGAUACCACCGGCAUUCAUAUUUGGAAUGAACCUUUCUUUGUAAAACUCCCCUCUGGUGAAGAAGUUGCCGUGCUUUUCCUCGAUACGCAGGGGUCAUUUGAUUGUAGAGCUAACAUGAAGCAGUCGGCUACUAUUUUUGCGCUUAGUACUAUGCUAAGCAGUAAAGAAAUUUUCAACGUUAAGGAUAACCUGCAAGAGGAUUAUCUACAGCACUUGCAGUUCUUUACGGAGUAUGGGAGAAUAGCUCUCGAGGCUGGGUAUGCUCAGACUCCUUUCCAGCAUCUUGAAUUUCUGAUCCGUGAUUGGGCGUUUGCUUAUGAGCAUCCCUAUGGCAGUAAAGGAGGAAUGGAUCUCCUUAAUAAGCGCCUUGAGGAAAAUGUAUCACUUCGUUCACACAUAAAGUCGUGCUUCUCCGAUCUCCAAUGCUACCUAAUGCCACAUCCUGGACUAACCGUGGCUAAUAGCCCCACAUUCAAUGGUCGUCUUGCUGAUAUUGAUCCAACUUUCGUAAAGCAACUUCAAGAUUAUGUUCCUCAUAUUCUUUCGCCCUUGAAUCUUACCGUAAAAAGCAUCAAUGGACAGGCCGUGACGUGCUGCGAGCUUAUGGAAUACUUCCGAGCUUAUGUCAAAAUCUUUCAAAGUGGUGAAUUGCCUCAGCCAGUUUCCAUGUACGCGGCUACUGCGGAGGUAAACAAUUUGAAUGCCUGCAAUCGGAGUCGUAGUCUUUAUGUACAGGAGAUGAAUGUGGUUUGUGGACCUCGCCGACCUUUUGUGUCACCUCGAAUUAUCGAAGAGGCCCAUCAGCGUUGUCAGGACAGGGCGUUGAAAGAAUUCAGGAGGACACCGAAAAUGGGUGGUGAGGACUUAGCUGAAAACUUCGAAAAGAAGCUGGUGCAGGAGAUUGAUGAACUCUACAAUAACUACAAAAUGUCAAAUCAAAACAAAAAUACGGUGGAGGUUAUGAACAGUUACUCUCCUCAUACUCCAUUUAACUUUUCAUUUCAGCAUUUUAAGACUCCCAUGGUUCUAUUGACCGUCAUUUUCGUUUUUUACGUGGUGACCGGCUUUCUGGAUGCAAUUGGUCUUUCGUUAGUCUCCAACAUUCUGGUCUUCCCCUUCUGGUUGCUCCUCAUCACUCUGGGCACUUGGAUUUUUGUCAGAUGCACUGGCAGUGGCUCUGAAGUCGGUGAACAAAUUGAUCGCGUUGCACAAGGGAUUGUCGACAACGUAAGAUCCAGUUGA